CAAGCUUCCCCGCCCCAACAGGCAACAACGCUCCCUACACGAAAAGCGCUGCAGUCCUGCAGGCGUGGCUGCACCGCAUCAGAUCGUCGAAGCUAGCUAAUGGAGGAAUCACCGCCAUCGGACCGCCUCUCCGACCUUGGUGACGAAGUGGUCGAUAUUGACGACGAAUGCUACUCCCUCUUUUCCCACCCCCUCCCCUCCCAGAAUCUUGGCAUCCUCGACCCCGACGCCCCCGAGCUGCACCUGGACGUCGCGGGCCGCGCGUGCUCGAUCCGCCAGUCGCCAGGUCUCCUCCGCUCGAAUCGCGGCGGCGGUACCACGGGCGCGGUCCUAUGGAAAGUCUCCCCCCCCCUGGCCACCUGGCUCGCCUCUCCCACGAACCCCCUCUUCCGCCUCGACAUCCUUAAUUCCCACUCCCACGUCGUUGAGCUCGGCGCCGGCGUCGCUGGCAUCGUCGCGCUGGCGCUCGCGCCGCGCGUGUGUCGGUAUGUCGCGACAGAUCAGGACUACGUGCUGCGGACGCUAAGGGGAAAUAUCGCGGAGAAUGGGACUAUGAUGGGGGGGGCAGGGAAGGGGAAAGGGGGGAGGAAGCGGGUGGGCGGAGAGAUUGAGACGAUGGUGUUGGAUUGGGAGGUGGAUGAGGUGGAGGGGAUUGCGCGGGCGUUAAGGGGGCAUGUGAACGCGCAUGAUGGGGGGGAGCAUAUCGAUCUGGUGAUCGCGUGCGACUGCGUGUAUAACGAGGCGCUGAUCGAGCCGUUCGUGGCGACGUGUGCGGAUCUGUGUCGGCUGGCGGAGCGGGAGGGGGAGGGAAAUGGGGAGGGACGGCGGCGGACGGUGGUGCUCGUUGCGCAGCAGUUGCGGUCGGCGGAGGUAUUUGAGGGGUGGUUAGGGCGGUUUGCGGAGGAGUUUCGGGUGUGGCGGGUGCGGGAUGCGGAGGUGGGGGAGGGGUUGAGAGGGGGGGAGGGGUUUGUGGUGCAUGUUGGGGUAUUGAGGUAGGGAGGAGGUUCGGUUACUGUGGUGGAUAGUUGGGGUUGCUGUCUGCUGUCUGCGUCGACUGCGAAGGUGAGUGUCUCGUCAUAGGACUGUGGCUAGCGAUA